UACAGAAAAAAAAUGAAGUGUCAUCGACCAAAAACAUAAUUUCAGUUGUGAGAGGAAGAGAUUGUGAUUCUCAGCAAUGAGGUGUGACAAUUCGACCAAUGGGACAGAUACGCCAUACACCCUGCUGGUGGCCCUUCCUAUGAGCGUCCUGGUGGGGCUCCUCAUCCUCCUCAUUGUCUUUGGCAAUGUGCUGGUGAUCAUCGCCGUGUUCACGAGCCGAGCUCUCCGGGCUCCUCAGAACCUGUUCCUGGUGUCGCUGGCCUCUGCUGACAUAUUGGUGGCCACUCUGGUGAUGCCGUUCUCGUUGGCGAAUGAGCUGAUGGGCUGCUGGGCCUUUGGGCAGGUUUGGUGCGAAAUCUACCUGGCCUUGGACGUUCUCUUCUGCACGGCCUCGAUCACUCACCUGUGCGCCAUCAGUCUGGACAGGUACUGGUCGAUCACACAAGCCAUCGAGUACAACCUCAAGCGCACACCGCAACGAAUCAAGCGCAUUAUUUUUAUAGUUUGGAUCAUCGCUGCCGUGAUCUCCUUCCCGCCUCUUAUUACCAUGAAGAAGGAAGAGGGGAACACCUGCAAAAUCAACGAAGAAAAAUGGUACAUUGUUUCCUCUUCCAUCGGCUCGUUUUUCUUGCCUUGCAUCAUCAUGGUCCUCGUGUACAUCCGAAUCUACCAGAUCGCCAAGAAGAGAACCAGAGCGCCACCUGGGGACCGGAGGAAAAAGGAAGCGGGCAAGAAGGAGAACGAUCCCCAUGAGAAGCUCAAUGGGAAUCCGAACCCCAAACAGGACGACAAGGGCGAGAUAAACGGCAUGGACAUGGAGGAAUCGUCCUCCUCGGACCACAAGGUCUCCAACCCUUGCUCCCUCAAGAAGAAGAGCUCAAAAGGAAAGACUAAGCGGAGCCAAAUCAAACCGGGGGACGGUGACAAGAGCGAGGUCCUCCAGACCACCAAGACCAGCAGGUGGAAGGGCCGUCAAAACCGGGAAAAGCGCUUCACGUUCGUCCUGGCGGUGGUCAUAGGCGUGUUCGUCAUCUGCUGGUUCCCGUUUUUCUUCACCUACACGUUGACGGCAUUUUGCAAAAGCUGUGUGCCGGAAACUCUUUUCAAGUUCUUCUUCUGGUUCGGCUACUGCAACAGCUCCCUCAAUCCCAUUAUAUACACCAUCUUCAAUAAUGACUUCCGAAGAUCCUUCAAGAAGAUCCUCUGCCGGAGAGAUAACAGGAGAGUGGUGUGAAUGGGUUGCUGUUUUUCUUUUCCCUUUUUUUCCUUUAGCCAGUGUAAUAUAUCACCUGGUGUUUAUGGGAAGUACUUGUGUACAGUAAGCCAACAUGUUGUGUGUCGUUAUACAACAAGUCUGAAGAGGAAAAAAUAGACUCUUACAUGCUUUGUACAAAUGCAACAAUGCAUGAUUAUGCAAUUACAGCACAAUGCAGAUUCGUCCAUUUCUGAAGUGUAUUGUUGUGUCGCUCUUGAUAUACAGGGAGUGGUGUAGUUUCGUAAUUCUGGUAUUUUGUCAUCCGCCAACGUGGAGGGACAUAUUCAAAGACAAUGCAUCACAAACCAUGCUGGAUGUUGUUUAAAAUGUGAAAAAAAAAAAUGUUUUUAAGUGCCAAAGGACUACAAACUUGGCCUUCAAGCCUCAUAAUGUGCUGCAAAACUGUCAAACUAUGCUGCAACGUGCAUGUCGAUGUGUUUAUUUUCCCUGACAUAUUGUAUAAUUAAUUGUGAAGGUGUUGAUAUUAUUUGGUGGAUUAAUUGUAUUUUUUUUAUCCCUGCCAGUAACGGUUCAUUUAAAAUCUUGCUGUGGACCAUUAAGCAAAAAGAUGUUGAGCUUGUCUGACUGGAACCUGACAGGCCGGUGUCAUGACAAAUUUCUCCGGCUUCUGAUGUACUUUAUAUCUGUCACCAUAGAUAUAAUGGAUGGAUCUUUAGUAUCACAACACAAGGGAUAGUUUCCGUCUGCGACUAAUAAACUGUGUCAAACAGGCUGCUGGUUUAGCUUGCGAAUUUGUAGAAAUGCACAACAAAAGAGAGUUGAAUAUUCAACAAGAUAUCGAAUGACUGACAACAGAGUUUCUCCAUGUCAAGGUGAGGUCAGGCCUCUCGCUGUGCUGGUUUUUUUCCCCCCUCGGGACGCAUGGAGUGACUGGAGAUAUCCAGUUGUAGAGAGAUGGAGUAGGUGUCCAGUCCAAUUGCUAAAAUGGAAGAAAACAAAGGUCUUGAAUGACAUCUACAAACUACCUGUCACUGUGUGUUAUUGCCAUAUCUGAAAAACCUAUGUAUGGCUAUUACAUAAUAUUGGUUUUCCGGUUGUGCUUUCAACGUGUUUAACCAUUGAGGUCUGAAAAAAAAUUAGCACAUACAAAGAGAGAAAACACUCAAAAAAAAAAAAAAA